AUGGAAAAUUUCCAAAUUUCCUCUUUGAUCAAACUAUCUGAGAGCAUUGCAAAGAGGACAGUUGACCUCUGUCUUGAAUCCAUCAAUCGUGCGUUUCUUACUAAUAUCCGCCCGCAGCGUCGGUCUCAUAAUCUCCGCCUUUCGCUCUGCCGCGUCGCUUCUCUUUACGUCCGAUCAGAGUAUGGUUCAACGUCAUCGUCAUUGGUUUCUACUCAUUAUAUCCCCUUCAUUGGAUCCUCCCCUCUCCAGCUCCCUCAAUGGACCCUCACCAGCCGCCACAUCCUCUUGCUCAAUGUCAUCGCUUGCGUGGCAGUUUCAGCAGCUUGGCUCUUUUUCUCUGCAAUCAAGGGGUCAGCAGAGUCACUAGAGAAGUUGAUGGAUGUCACCAGGGAAGAGUUUCCUGAUACUAUGGCUGCGGUUCGGUUAUCAGGCAUGGAGAUUAGCGACUUAACAAUGGAGCUUAGUGAUUUGGGGCAAGAGAUUACUCAAGGUGUUAGAAGCCCAACUAGAGCCGUUCGCUUAGCUGAGGAGAGAUUGCGUGGGUUAACAGACAUUGCUUCAUCAGCUUCGGUGCAGGUGGUAAGCAAUCAGAAAACUGAGGUAUCAGGGCCAGUGUUGGCUCGAACUGCAAGAAUAAUAAGGGAAGGAAUUGUAAAGUGUCGAGCCAUAUUUCAAAUAUUUUUCACUCUAAGUCGAUUUUCUAGGAUGGCUCUUAACUAUUUUGCCACUCAAGGUAAGCGGUAGAGCCAUGGAGUCAAGCUUUGAGGUGAGCGAGUUUAGAUCUGUCUGUCCGAAUUUUGUUAUCCUCUGUUGGUCUAUCUGAGUCAGGAUGCUUUGCUUUCUGUUUUUCUGCUGAUUGCAGUUAAAGCAUCAUUGUUUUGCUAAAAGAUGUGUUGUACGUCAUGAGAAAAUUUUCAUUUAGGCCAGUUGACCUGCUAUCCUCUUGGUCGACAGACAUUUGGUGCUAUUUUUCUGCUAUCCUCUUGCCAAAAGGUACGCAAGCUGACAAUUAUUUUGGAAAUUCCUUCACUUGGUUGACAGACAUCUGGUGCUGUUGGCUAAUCAAAAUUUGUAAGUCGAGAGAUGAGCAAAGCUGAAGCAUUUUUUGAAGUUUAUACUAUCUCCUGUAUUCUGUUGCGGAUGCAUACCGCGCAUUGCUACCUGAAGGAACACUAAUAGAAUUUCACCGUAUUCCAGAGCUCAAGGACCUCAAGAAAUCUUACCAACAAAGUAUAUUAGAUGACCUCAACAAAGGUGCACCGACAAUCUCACAACCUUCGAGUUUGACACCAGUUGGCCAAACAAUGCCACCUGCCACUACAGUUCAAGCGAUUUCAAAUCCUGCUUCAGUUGGAUUUAUAGCUUCUCGAGAGGAUGUGCUAACAAGAGCAACUGCUCUUGGACGUGGUGCUGCUUCAACGGGGUUCAAAAGGUUCCUUGCUUUAACAG